GGGAGAGUCAAGAAGACUGAAGACAGAUCUCUCUUUCUCUCUCUGUGUCUACUUGGAAAAACACAAGUGGGUCCCCCAUCUUUCCAGAUAUUUGUUCUCUCUUUCCCUCUUCUUCGCCUUCCUCCUCAAAUCUCCUCCUGUGAACUCCACGUUUCUCUGUGUUGUUGUUCGAUCCAUCUUUUUGAGUUAUGGGAAGCUGCUGGUCCGAUAGUGGUCGUGGUGGUGGAAUGGUCGGCGUUGGUGGAACUACUUCCUCCGCCGCCGCCGCCGGCUACUCUUCUCCAAACGACGCCGUUGACUACUACCUCAAGUCUCGCGGCUUCAACGGCCUCUUCUCUCAGAUCGAGUUAUCGUUCUCUGCUUCCAAUUUACGAGACGGUGACGUGAUUUCAAAGAGCGAUGCAAUGGUGGUUGUUUAUAUUAAAGGAAGAGAUGGAACACUUUCUGAACUCUUCCGCAGUGAAGUUGUUUUGAAUUCUCUGAAUCCUAAGUGGAUAAAGAAGCUCACAGUCUCUUAUCAGUUCGAGGUUGUCCAGACUUUGCUGUUUCGUGUGUAUGAUAUUGACACUCAGUUUCAAAACUCAAAGGAGGAGAUGCUGAAGCUCGAUGAGCAGCAGUUUCUCGGCGAGGCAACAUGUGCAUUGUCUGAGAUUAUCACCAAAUCAAAUAGGACGAUUCCCUUGGAACUCAUGCGUAAAGAAAGUGUUGCUGGACAGAACUAUGGAAAGCUUGUUGUCCAUGCUGAGGAGUCUAUAGCUUCUAAGACAACGACAGAGAUAGUUUUUAGGUGCUUGAAUUUGGAAUCAAAGGAUCAAUUCUCUAAAAGUGACCCUUUUUUAGUGAUAUCUAAGAUUGUAGAACAUGGGGCUCCAAUUCCAGUCUCUAAAACCGAAGUCUUGAAAAAUGAUACCAAUCCGGUUUGGAAACCAGUCUUUCUUAGUGUUCAACAAGUUGGGAGUAAGGAUAGUCCCUUGGUAAUAGAAUGUUUAGACUUCAAUGGCAAUGGCAACCACAAUCUUAUCGGAAAAGUUCAGAAGUCACUUGCAGACUUAGAAAAGCUUCAUUUGAGUGGCCAAGGAAUCAAUCUAUCCUUACCUACCGGUGUUGGACAUAAACAUGAAGACAAGGCAUUAAAGAGUCAGAUUUUCGUGGACAAGUUUACUGAAACUGUUCAGCAUACAUUCCUAGAAUACUUGGCAUCUGGUUUUGAAUUAAACUUUAUGGUCGCAGUUGAUUUCACAGCUUCAAAUGGAAAUCCUCGCCUCCCAGAUUCCUUGCAUUACAUUGAUCCUACAGGAAGAUUAAAUGCCUACCAGAGAGCAAUUGUUGAAGUUGGAGAAGUGUUGCAGUCCUAUGACUCUGACAAACGGUUUCCAGCAUGGGGUUUUGGAGCUCGUCCUAUCGACAUACCAGUUUCACAUUGCUUUAACCUCAACGGAAGCAGUACUUACUGCGAGGUAAAUGGGAUACAAGGUAUCAUGAAUGCAUACAAUGGAGCUCUCUUCAACGUCUCUUUUGCAGGGCCUACUCUCUUUGGCCCCGUGAUUAAUGCUGCUGCAACAAUCGCAAGCGAGUCACUCGCUCAGAACGCAAAGAGAUAUUACGUCUUGUUGAUUAUCACUGAUGGAGUAAUAACAGAUCUGCAAGAAACUAGAGAUGCAUUGGUCAGUGCGUCAGAUCUACCAUUAUCAAUCCUCAUAGUUGGAGUAGGAGGAGCUGACUAUAAAGAAAUGGAGGUACUAGAUGGAGACAAAGGAGAGAGGUUAGAAAGCUCUAGUGGUCGUGUAGCGUCACGUGAUAUAGUCCAGUUCGUUGCAUUACGAGACAUACAAUAUGGAGAGGUGUCAGUGGUAGAAGCGCUUCUAGCGGAAUUGCCUUCACAGUUUUUGGCUUACAUGAAAAACCGUAAUAUCACUCCCACCACCACCUCUGCUUCUUGAUUCACACUUACUACUCUCAACACUCUUCUGUACAUACACAUCUCUAAACGGUUUCAUUUUCUAUUUUAUAUUAUUGUCUGGAAUUUUUUCCGUUUCCAGUAUGCCACGUCAAAUUUUAUAAACUUCACUCUUUGAUUUGUUUGUUUUUCUUUUUUAUUUAUUUAUUUCGGAUGAUUUUUUUUAUUUUAAAUUUAUUUGUCAAAUUACCACCAGUUGUGUUCGGGGCAUAUUCAAACCUAAAUACUGUUC